UGUCAAACAUCACGUUAAUCUAUUAAAAUGGACAUUUAAGGGAAAACUAAAUAUUCAUGAUUGCAAAAUGAAUGUCAAAUUGAGCUAUCUUCAAAGGAAAAAUUCUUUAAUGCAUUAAACUAGAAGUUGACUAAGAAGUGGAACAUUUACAGCUUUCGUUAUUCGUAAAUUCUCAAGAUGACUCACUAUUCAUUGUUAUGCUUUUUAUUCUUUAUUUCACUAUUCACAGACAUAUGUUAUGGGUUUACUUGUGUUAAGGAAAACCCAUGUAAAUGUAGACUAGAUGACGGGACUGUCAUUGACUUAUCACCACUGGGGUUGACGAGCGGAAACCCGAAAUAUAAAGAUGUACCUGACGCCGGCGCUGGUGACGUCUUCUCGUACAACCCUUGUUACAGUUUUACAGAAAAUGCGUGUAAUGAUGUUUCAGUAUGUCAGAUACGGAAUGGUGCUGGGUUCAGUGCAGGAACACAAGAUAGUGCCCGAUUUCAGUAUGAUGAGCAAAACGGACUGGCUCUUGUGUAUUCAGCAACGAGUGAUGUUUUGAGAACUACAUAUACGUAUCUCCAGUGUGAACCUGAUCAGGAGGGGGCAUUAAAUGUACUAGGUGAAAUUGUGCCUGAUGGUAACUAUUAUCUGUAUUUGGCUAGCAAAUACGCAUGUCCAACUAAAGACAAAUCCGGUUCCAGUGGUGGCGGUGGUCUAUCAGGUGGAUCCAUUCUUUUAAUUAUAGUUGUUGUGCUGUUAUUUGUUUACCUUAUUGGAGGAUUAGCAUUCCAAACAGCUGUGAAAAAGGCAGAAGGCACAGACCGAAUACCUAACUUAGGUUUCUGGGUGGCAUUACCAGGCUUGAUUAAGGAAGGAUUUUCGUUGACCUUCAAUACAGCAAAAUUAAAAGCUGGAUAUAGUUCGAUAUGAGACUUAUGAACAUGUGGAUUAUGGAAUAAACAUUUGGAAGCAAUAUUUUUAAAAUGUGGCUAAUUAUACAUAAAGAUGUAUAAGAUUAUUGUUAUUGACUGA